CCCAGCACACAAAGAAUGAAUUUGGGGCAGACUGACGCACGCUCUUUAAAUAAUAACGCAUGCAAAUAAGAGUACAUCGGUCACAGCAGUGUGUAAAUGGCAUCAGUGCGCGUAACCACGCCGCGUAAAUUGGUAGGAGUGUUAAGGUGAGGGUGUGUUAGAGGCCAAGUGUUUUGGGAAACCCGCUACUUCAAUGAGCGACAAACGAGAGAAGGGCCUGGUACACAGUGCGCCUAUCGGACUAUGCCUUCCCCAACUCGGGAGGAAAGCAAAGGGGAGACCGGACAGGCAGAGCACGGAGCAACGGACAGCGGCGACAGGGAGAGAGGGACAGGCGGCCGUCUCGUGUGCGCUCUGGAGAUGGAGAUGACAAACCGCAGCCUGCACGGCGACUCCAAAGUGGAUUGUGUAAACUGCGAUGGCUUGAUCAACCGAAACGGCGGGGACUCGGCAGAAGUGUCCGUACCGCUGUCACUUCCCGGGAAGCGGACAGCUCACACGGAGGGAGACGACCUCUACAGACUGCGAAACAGAAAGUUUUUAUUAGAGGAUAAAAAGCGCCUUUGCGCGUUGGCUUUGGGGACUGCUCUGCUCGGGAUACUGCUCACGAUUAUCCACGCCGAGAUAUGUCCCUUCGUUUACAAACCGGGCUCAAACAUUGCCUUAUUCAUCAACUGUUCCAUCAGCCUGUCCACUGGGUGUCUCCUGAUCCUCAUCAUAGCUUUCCAUUAUAAGGACAUUAGGCUGUUUAUCAUUGACCACAACCAGGUGGACUGGCGUAUUGCCAUGACCAGCCACAGGGUUCUCGUGAUCACUCUGGAGCUGUUGGUCUGUGUCAUCCAUCCUGUUGGCACAUACUGGGAGGUGGGAUUCCAUGCCAACUCCUCUUCCUCAGCUCCGCUCUGUGUUUCCAACCACCACCGUGAGGCCCUGAUGGAUGUGGAGCUGCUCUUAUCAGUGCUGAUGUUCCUCCGCUUGUACUUGGUGCACAGAGCCAUCCUGCUGCACAGCAAAGUGCUGCUGAGUGCCUCCUACAGGAGCAUCGGCUCGCUCAACAACAUCAACUUCACCUUCCGCUUUGUUCUCAAGAUACUAAUGAACAAAUACCCGGCACGCACGCUGCUGGUCUUCAUCCUCUUCUUCUGGCUCACUGCGUCCUGGAUGCUUACUCUGUGUGAGAGACAGACCCAAGCAACGACAGGUCACAUGGACACAGCUAUGUGGCUCAUAGCCAUCACCUUCCUCACAGUGGGCUAUGGGGAUGUGGCACCCAACACCAGCUGUGGCAAGGCCGUGUGUCUCUUCACUGGAGUCAUGGGUGUAGCCUGCACUGCUAUGCUGGUGGCAGUCGUUACCAAGAUGCUGGCGUUGAACAAAGGAGAGAAACAUGUGCACUUCUUCAUGCUGGACAUCCAGAUCUCUAAACGGAUCCGCCACGCUGCUGCUAAUGUGCUCAGAGAGUGCUGGCUUCUGCACCGCACAAACCUCACAAAGGGUAACCGUGGUGAGCACCGAAAACACCAGAGAUGCCUUCUGGAAGCCAUCAGAGUAUUUCGGCAUUUACGCCUCAAACAAAAAAAACUGAGAGAUUACGUCAGUGAGAUGGUGGACCUCCCUAAGAUGCAGAUGAUCAUGUGCGACCUCAGUGCCAGUUGGAACAACUCCUAUCGGGAGCUGGAGCAGCGUAUCCUCUCCAUGGAGCAGAAGCUUGACGAGCUGAGUCGCUGCUUCCAACAAACCUCUGAGCUGCUGUCUCAGGUUCUACGUCACCGAAACCCAGAGAUCAGGUGACAUGGCUUCAUACGCUUACGGAAAACAGAUAGUGUUUGUCAGUGUUUCAUCUACAGUACUCAAAGUGAGAUGGUAAAUCCUCUCCACCCGGAGCUGCUCCAGACUCUUAACAUGCUGAACCACUUGAAGGACUGGCAUACCUACUAAAGAUCUCAUCUUCUGGCCCUGUGCUGAGUGCACUGCACAGUGACUCAUAGCUGUAAAAGUAUACAGAUAAAACAAGACUUCCAAUAACUGUGGCGAGGAUCACGCAGCGCAUUUUGAUAAAUCUGUUGUGUUUUCAGCAUAUAUUUAAUAUAUUUGUGACGGUGCACAGGCUCCAGAGCUUGCUCUUUUAACUAUUUGUAAAGUUUCAUUGAUGGGCUUCUGUCAUUGCUUAUUCCUGUGGAAUAAGAUACCUAUUUUUACAUGUUCAUUUUAUUUAAAAUUUCAUGCAAUAUUUUAGUGUUAGCCUAAUCGGUUGUAUAAAAAAACUCUUGCAAAUGCUCUUUUUCAUUAGCAGACAGUUUAAUGGUUAAAUGGUUGAUUAUUGUUUGCAAACAGGAAUUUUGAAUAUAAUACAACUGCCAACAAGUCCUCAUUGUUCUGCUUUCCCCUAACCCACCAAGUGAAUUGUGAAUGAAAUGUGUUUUGAUGCUCAUAACAGAGAAAAAAAAAACCUAAAUGUCAAUUCAAGCACUGUGGAAGAAACCUUUAUUUCAAACUGUGCUUGGGCUUUUAAGGGAUGUCAUCUGAAACUCAAAGAUUCAUGUGAACAUUUAAGGUUGUUAUCAAAUGAUGCAGGAAAAUCUUCUAACAGUUUACACCUGCUCUGAGAACAAUGCAAUGUGAGGGUGGGUUGUCUUUUAGCAACCCACAGCUCCAUCUAGUGGACAUAAAUUAUGUAAACUACAUAAUAUUGAGGACCAUUAACAUUAAAACCAUGAAGAUUAUAUAACAACUAUAUAUAAAAAAUAAAAUAAUCAUAUGCUAUUUUUAAAAUCUGAAAACCAAGACAUCUACAAUGUUUCACAGUUAAGAGCAUAACAUUUGUAUCAGCUGUAGUAAAAACAAGAGGAGUCGGAAACUCCCACACAAACCUCACUGAUAAGAAUGCACUUUGUGAGAACAUUUUGGCUAAACUGGAUUUACUCUUGCUCUGGAGGAUAAACUGGAGUUUUGAUGUGUCGUUCCUAGUGGAUUAAUUUGUACUUGGGUGUGUUUUCAAAAGAACUGAUGAGGAACUUGUUCUAACAUUUCUUACAAUGUAUCAUUUGCACAUGGUGAAAACAUGUUAACAACCAUCCAGGACACGCUUAUAAUUAAAAGCCAUUAAGAAUGAAUGUGUAUGUGAUUUUGCUUUGAUUUUUUUUUUCUUACAAAAAUAAACAAAACAGUGACAAUCAGAUGUCAAAGAUCCCUUUUCAUCUAACACUUUGUUUUAAAGUGUGGUGCACAGAGCUGGAGAAGAGUACCUAGAAGCCAUGGAGAAACCAGCGAUGGGUCCGCUUUGUCAUUCCAAGGGCGUCUUCAAUUGUUUCGUUUUUGCCCCGUUUUUAAGUUGGUGCCAUAUGUAAGCCGAAGGCCUAAAAAAGAGUUGGCCACAGUCGCAUGUAAAGGGCAUUCUGCACUUUCUCUUGACUUUAAGUUUCCAUGUACGUGCAGAAUGCGAUUUCUUCCGUGACUUGCCCUUCAUGUGCUCAGCUAAGAGUUUUGCUCCUGUGAAAGUCUCCCCACAGCUGACACAGAUGUAGCUUAUGGUCUCCGCGUGCUGAACGCAAUGCCGCAACAGGUGCAGCCGGUGCUUAAAAGCUCGGCCGCACUGGCACUGGUGUGAGCGGCGGCCUCGGUGGAGGUAGCGGUGGCUGAUGAUGAGGGAGGGCUGCCGCAAGAUGGCACCACACUGCCUGCAGGGGUAAGAGGCCUUGGAGCGCCAGCCUGUGUUCAUACGUUUCAUCAAAGCGACGCCCUGGCUGUCGUUCUCAAACAUGGCCACAAUAGUGGGCAUUGGUGGGGUGACAGGGCCACAGGCCACAGUGGCUGGAGUUUUGUCAGCGGCACCAGGAGGGACGAAUAAAGGUGCAGAGAGACGGCUUAAAGGCUGGGUGGGUCUACCGAAGGCACCGUCUUUCCCCAAUCGGACAGGUGCAGCA